AUGAAUCCAACCUCCGUUCUUAGAAAAGGCGAAACACGGAAUGUCGACGCAAAGCACGUCACGUUCGCCUGCUCUGGUUCUGCAGUCAAACAACAAAUGAAGAAGCAUAAGCCCGUCCUUCGUAAGCGUCGUACGCAAGAGCAGCUCGUGAACGCAAAGAAAGCCAAACAUUCAGAGCUUUUCGAGCGAUUGUAUAAGUGCGAAGAAACCUUGGUUGAAGUGGAGUUUGGCGAAAAAGUUUUGGAAGAAAAGGCACUUACCCUUCGUCAGACAGCUGCCGCUGUUUUGAAUGAAAUUGGAGAGCGUGUUUGCGAAUAUGCGGAAAUGGACAACUCCUUGGUUACAUUAGAGGAGGAGAUUGAGAACUUGGAGGCGUUGAAAUCACAAGAGGAACACUUCGAAGUGGUCGAAGCCGAGAAUAUUGUGAACGAAAUUCAGCAGGCAAGAACACGUCGUAUUCUUGCUUUUCGACUUUUGCAUCUUUUUUACAAAUAUGAAAGUGCUGUCAUUGCUGAGAUUUUGCUAUGUGCCUAUGUUGUAUUGCAGAUUGUAUCGAAAAAUCACGAGUUUAAUUUGUUUCUAACUGGUCUGGCUGAAAGUAUGAGCGAUGCUGACCUCUUUGAGUUCUUCUACGAUGCUCUACCGAGAUUAGAACGCAUGCUGGAUGAGCUUAUUUUGAGCACUUAA